AUGGUUGUUCUAGCUGCCUCAAUUACUACCACUAGUGGUAAACCUCUCCUAUCAAGACAAUUCAAGGAUCUAUCUAAAGAUCGUGUCUUAGAAUUAUUAUCUAAUUUCCAAAACUUAGUCUCAAGUAUUUCUUCUGAUCAUACUUUUGUUGAAGACAAACAUGUUAGAUAUGUUUACAAACCAUUUGAUGAGUUCUAUAUUAUCUUGAUCACUAAUCGUCAAUCAAAUAUCAUUCAAGAUUUGAGUACAUUGAAUCUAUUCUCUCAAACUAUUACUAAUUUUGUUAACAAUUUUGAUGAAUAUGAAAUCUAUGAAAAUGCUUUUGAAAUCUUAAGUUCUUUUGAUGAAAUUAUUUGCAUGGGUUAUAAAGAGAAUUUAUCUAAUACUCAAGUUUCAAACUUUUUGGCUAUGGAGUCUCAUGAAGAAAAGAUUCAAGAAAUUAUUGAACGUAAUAAGGAAAUGGAGGCCACCGAAGAGAGAAAACGUCGUGCCAAAGAAAUUGCCAGAAGAGAACAAGAUAGAAAGAAUGGGAUUAUUUCUCCAGAUGGUAUGGGCCCAGAAAUUGCUAAGUUUUCUGGUAGUAAUGAUCCAAAUGUUAGAAAUGCAUUCAACAGUUAUUAUACUCACGCAUCUCCUAUGGCUUCUCAAGCAUAUGCUAAAGAAUCUCAGAAUUUGCACAUUCCACCUUCACGAUACGGUAAUGCAUCAUCCUAUAAUACAUCCAGGAAACAGGAGACAGAAUCUACUGGCCUUCCUCUAGGUACAAGUGCUACUUCUAAUUACAAACCAGGAGGAAGCAAGGCAUCUUUCUUUGCCAAUGAAGAUGAAUCCAAACCAACUAAUAAUGGUAUAUUACUUUCAGUGAAUGAAACAAUUAACACAUCUUUCAACCGUGAUGGUUCGAUCCAAUCAUCUGAAUUGAAAGGUGUAUUCGAGAUUCGUGUCAAUGAUGCCUCUUUUGCAAACUCUGUAAUUAAAUUAUCUGAUUCUGUCGACGUUAAGGAUCGUUCGUUCCAAUUUAAGACUCACCCAAACAUUGACAAGAGUCUAUUCUUAAAUGAAAAGACUAUUACGUUGAAGGAUAAAUCAAAAUCCUUCCCACAUAACGAUCAAAGUCUUGGUGUUCUAAGAUGGAGAAAAGUCGGAAAGGCCGAUGACACUGCUCUUGUCCCAUUAGAAUUGGCAACUUGGGUAACUCCAAACUCUUCAGGAUCAUCUUUUGAUGUUACUAUUGAGUUUGAAGUGAAUCAAGACUUCCAAGAUGUUAAAAUUGAAAACCUUGGAUUUUUCAUUCCAAUCCCAACUUACUCUAUCAAAAUAAACGAAGAUAACAACGAUUUCAAUGCUUCAAUUCUAGAUAUUAAUGACGAAUUUGGUAUUGUUCUUAAGAUUGGUUCUCCAUUGGAAUCUGGCCAAGCAGGUUCAGUUAGUUUCUCUAUUGAGAGUGAAACAGAGGAUGCAUUAUUCCCAAUUGAUACAUCGUUUGUCGUUAGAGACAGCUCAUUAAGCGGUGUUAACGUUGAGUACAUUGCAAACCGUGAUGACACCGCAGAUGCCUACGCUUACGAUCUAAUAAGGAGUAUCAAUGCCGAAGAUUACAACAUUGUAUGA